AAGUAUUAUUGUACAAAAUGUCUGACAAUUUAAAUUCUUCUCGUCAUGUGUCGUACGAGCAAGUUAAGACAAUAAUUGAUUUUAUGGGUCAACACGUAGAGUUCGCGACAGGUAGUCUUCGGUCUUUAGAAGCUAGACACACAUCGAAGAGGUUGUGGAAUGAGCUGACUAAGAUAUUAAAUAACUCUAGAUUAGGUACAAGAAAGACUUCCGACGGCUGGAGUAAGUAUUGGAGUGAUUUUAAAAAUAAACUCAAGAAUAAGGUAACUAUGCUCAAAAAGAGAAAAAGGCCCAGUGCAGUAUCUAAGAAGGUCAUAAAACCUCUGACAAGGCUGGAGAAAAGAGCUCUAGUCAUCCUAGGUCCACAUUUUGAGAGGAAGAUAUCAAGGGAUAUAAAAAUUGAGUGCGAAAGAAUUACAAUGAAAUUUUUGAUGAUAAUUUAUGUUUUAUUAUUCCAGGGUCAUGGUCCACCUGAAGUGAAAAUAGAAACUUAUCAAGAGAAUGGAAAUACUGAUUUCUCCAAUACCCACAGUGAUUCUAGUGAUCGUUACUCAAAUGCUGAACAAGAUAGUAAUUUAAGUGAAAACUCGAAUGAGAAAUUUGAUGAUGAAUCAGGAAAUGAAACAAAUGAAUCCAUUUUACAGAGUAUAUACCCAAAAUGGUUAAUAGAAGUUGAAAAGAAAAGAGCUGAAGCUGAUCACAGUCGAGCAAAGGCGGAAGAAAAGAGAGCAACCAUCUCGGCAAAAAGUGCAGAUGCAGCCCUCGUUCAAGCUGAAGCUAUCAAGAAACUAGCUGAUGCUGCAACAGUACAAGCUGAAGCCCUUGUCAAAAUAGCCUCUCUGUUAGAGAGUAGGUUCCGAAGAGACAACUAA